AUGUCGAUGAUGGAACAUGGCACAUAUGCAGAUGGUGCAGGCAUCAACGUAUCAAGGGACGGAAAAGUGCGUCAGAUCGAAAUACUACGUCUGUACUUGAUCUUAAUCCCGUCCAAGAUCAUCAUCCUACACCAAGAGCGCCGUGUGACCGACGGACGAGUGCCUUUCGUACGACUUGCCUGUGGCCUGAGAGAACUCUGCUACGGUGCGAUCCCUUCCAAUGGCAAUUCCCCAAAAGAACGGGAUUACAAUACGCUCUUGACGAUGAAUGGUCUGGCUAAGACGGACUGA